AGCAUCACAGUUAUUAACAAAGGUUAGCAGCAAUAAGGAGCUGACACUAUUAAUAUAAAAAAAGAAAAGGGGAAAACAUAAUCACAUGAGCAGUCACCACCCACCAACUCGGAUUACUGAGCAAGUUAAAAGUCAUAAGAAAACAGCAAUGAUAUAGGCUCACUGUUCCAAGAGGUCAAAAUUGCUGCUGCUGGCUCUCUGCAGAUACCUUGGCAAGCUAGGUUGCCUCAAAGGAUCAAAAGAAAAAAACAUCAGAAAAAGGAAACUACAAAUCAUCACAACCAUUGGAUUCCUUGAAAUUUAGCAUAAUAUCUGUGAAAGUAGUGUCAGGAAUGCUUUUAAAAAUAGCAGUUCUUCUGAUGAGUGGUCUUCUAGGCAUGGUUUAUCAGGCUACACAGCUUCCUCCACCUCAGAAGGAAGAGUCACAAGAAAAUACUCCUGCUAAUUCACCAAGAAUCAGACUCAGUGAUGGAAGAUAUCUGGCUUACAGAGAAAAAGGAGUCACCAAGAACAAAUCCAAGUACAGGAUCAUUAUUGUUCAUGGCUUUGGAAGCUCAAAAGAAAUGAACUUUCUGGCACCCCAAGUACUGAUAGAGGAAUUAGGGAUAUAUUUUCUGCUGUUUGACCGAGCCGGAUAUGGAGAAAGUGAUCCGAACCCAAAUCGAAUUGUAAAGAGUGAAGCGCAUGACAUUGAAGAGCUUGCUGAUCAAUUGCAGAUAGGAUCCAAUUUUUAUGUGAUAGGAGUCUCAAUGGGCUCAUACCCUAUCUGGAGUUGCCUCAAAUAUAUACCACACAGGCUAGCAGGUACAGCAUUAAUAGCCCCAGUUGUCAAUUACAGAUGGGCUUCACUUCCUCAGAAUUUGAUAAGGUAUGAUUAUAGAAGGAAACUUAUCCAGUGGGCACUCUGGUUCUCUAACCAUGCCCCUGGAUUAUUACACUGGUGGGUUACUCAGCAAUGGCUUCCUUCAACUUCUGUCCUGGAAAAGAACCCAUUAUUCUUUAGCGAUCAAGACUUAGAAGUCUUGAAGAAGAUACCAGGAUUCCCUAUGUUAAGUAAGGAAAGAUUAAGAGAGCGAGAUGUUUUUGAUACCCUCCGCCGUGACUUUAUGGUGGGUUUUGGAGAUUGGGAAUUUGAUCCUGUUGAGCUAGAAAAUCCAUAUCCUCAAAAUGAAAGCUCUGUUCACAUCUGGCAAGGCUACGAAGACAAGGUUGUACCAUUUCAACUUCAGAGAUUCAUAACAGGAAAGCUACCCUGGAUUCGAUACCAUGAAGUUCCUCAAGGUGGACAUCUAAUUGUGCACUAUAAAGGUUUCUGUGGGGCUGUUUUGAGGUCGCUUUUACUUGGAGAAGACCCUCUAGAACUAGAACAAGUUCAUCCAUAAAUUUGUUACAUGAUCAUUUCUUGAUUCAAAAUGUAAGUAGAUGGGGUUUAGAGAACGUAGCAUGUUGUCAGAUUACAUUUGUUAUUUGAAAGGUUGGAGCCUUUUCUUC